ACAGACGAUUCUCUGACCUCCAAGACCAGCUUAUUCUUCAUCAUCUCCAAUGAGGGAAACCAAAACCUGCACGUGUCCCAAGCCAACCUGUGGCUCUACUUCAAACUCCUGCCCAGCGCUUUAGAGAAGGGCUCCCGGAGGAAAGUCACGGUCAAAGUGUACUCGCAGGAGCCUGGCGUUGGCAGCAAGUGGAAUUUGGUGGAGAAACGUGUGGAUCUUAAACGCAGCGGCUGGCAUACGUUCCCAUUGACGGACGCCGUACAGAUGGUUUUCUCACAAGGCGACCGCCGUCAAAAUCUAGACGUUCGAUGCGAAGGCUGCGAAAAAAUGGGAGUCGUUCCAAUAUUAGUGAACAGCGCCGAUGAAUCCCAUCGACCUUUCCUUGUGGUUCAAGCGCGGGUGGCGGACAACAAACAUCGUAUUCGCAAACGAGGUCUGGAGUGCGACGGAUCCAACAGUCUGUGCUGCCGACAGCAGUUUUACAUCGAUUUUCGCCUCAUUGGCUGGAACGACUGGAUCAUCGCGCCGUCUGGGUAUUUCGGGAAUUAUUGCGAAGGGAAUUGUCCGGCGUAUAUGGCUGGAGUUCCCGGAUCUGCUUCAUCUUUUCACACUGCUGUUGUAAAUCAGUACCGGAUGCGAGGAAUGAGUCCGGGAUCCAUGAACUCCUGCUGCAUCCCUACUAAACUCAGCACCAUGUCUAUGCUGUAUUUCGAUGACGAAUAUAACAUUGUGAAGCGCGACGUGCCGAAUAUGAUCGUGGAGGAGUGCGGAUGCGCUUGAGGAAAUGUGGAAUAUCCCGAAAGCUAUUAAAAUAAUACCAUAAUUCAUUGUAAAAAGCAAUUACUUAACUUAAGAAUUAAAGAGAGUAAACUCAUUGGCCUUAUAAUUAGGUAAACAAACUAUGUGCAUACUUUAAAAGUUAAGUCAAAGGGUUGUAAAAUCAAUAAAUGUGUCAAAUCAACUUGUUGGCUUUAAGGCAAUGGGUUUACUCACUUUUUUAAUUAGGUAACUAAUUCCUUUUUACAGUGCAGAUGUAGAAAUCUGCAUUUUAAUCACCUCAACUCUCGCCCCAACUAUUUCAGAAGACACUGUAAUAAGCAAUCAGUUGAUUUUACUUAAAAGAGAGUAAACUUGCUGGCUUAUAAUUAAUAAGUGAACAAACUAUGUGUGUAAUUAUGAAAGUUAAGUCAAUGGGUUUACCAACUUUUUGACAAUGACAAUGAGUACGUUUACAUGGACACCAAUAAUCUGAUUAAGACAAUACUCUGAUUAAGAGAAACAGAUUUUUGAUGCCCUUAAUCCGACUAACGUCAUAAUGGAACUAAACAGAAUUUAAUUAAUUGAGUAUGCUGAAUUUAGUGCCAAUAUUGAAGUGCAGUACAGACAUCUAAACAUUGCAGUCAAACUAUUAUCCUCGUGUAGGACCUUUGACCCCAUUUUGCAAAUAGUCUAUACACACAUGACUAUUUGACACUAUACUCUGCACCUACCAAGUCAGUAAAGGACCACAGACACCUGAAUCACGAAAUGCGGAGGUUUUUGU